GCUGCACCCAGCAGAGAGCAAAGAACAAUCCAAGACCAGGACGUACACAAACUGAUCUGAACAGGAACGACACACACACACUCUUCCUGGGAUAUGAACACUCUUAUUUUCACCUGUCUGCUGUGCUUCGUUUUCUACAGUACUGUAAGUACUGAGAGAUUCGAGACCACAUACUCCACUGAAUUAACCAAAGCAACCGGCGGUCCAGCCCCUGGAGAGGGUCUCCAGAGCUUGCUGGGUGAUGAUGACGAGCUAGAAGCAGACGAGGAACUGUCAGGAUUGGACAAUGAAGGUUUUAUCCCUUUUGAGCCUCGUUCUGGUAACGAUGACAAGAAGAAAAGGAAGGGCAAGGGCAAGAAGAAGCACAAGCAUAGGGGCAAAACUACCACUCCGGUCAACCCUGAGCACACCAACUUCACCAGCGGCUACACGUCGACCUCCGGCACCACAGAGGACCCCUGCACCUCCACCCACCUGAGCUACUGUAUUCAUGGCUACUGCAAACACAUGGAGGGUGUGCAGGAGCCCGUGUGCAUAUGUAUGAAGGGUUACGAUGGUGAGCGUUGCGGGAUCCAAACUCUGGAAUCCAGCAAAACCAACUCUGGCCUGAGCAGUGAUACUGAGUUGGUGCAGAUGGUCUUGGUCAUCAUUGCUGUGGUCCUAUCAGUCAUCAGUUGCAUGGCCAUUCUGCUCAUGACCUGUGCUCAUUACAGGUCGCAUAAAAACUAUCUGGCUUCCUACCUGGGAACGGCAGCGGAGGAGGAGAAGCUACAGAAACCUACUGCUGCUGCUGCUAAUGUGGUGUGAAGGCAUGGAGCUCCAUGAACACACAGUUGCCGAGGCUCUAAGACAAAGCUGACGAUAGUGUGAGGAAAAAGCAAAGAAGUAGAACUGAAAGACUGUUUCAUUAGAUUACGUUUAAAAAACACACACACCUUGUUAGAAUGUAAUUUAUUUAGUGACCUUAUUUAUUGCUAUUGAAUGUGUGAAUGUAUGAAUGCUGAGCAUUCAGCUGUUUAAUGAUUCUGUAGCUUUGUUUUUUUUUUUUAUUUAUUGCACUACUAUUGUUACUGUAUAGGUCAGAGAAACACUCUUCAUUUCUAUCUGGAAAGAGAUAGAAUUUUACUGCCAAUAAAAGCGUUUCAGUGUUACGUGGCGUUGCCUUUCUUUUUUUUUAAUUCAUGUGACCAACUGUUUACACGUCCAUAUCUGGAUGGAUCUCAUACCUUACCACCCUGUGCACUCAACUCCUCU